AUGAAUAAAUCGUGCGCCCGGUGCCAAAAGGUGGUCUACCCGAUCGAGGAGCUAAAAUGUUUGGACAAGACAUGGCACAAGACGUGCUUCAAAUGUCACGAAUGUGGCAUGACGCUCAACAUGAAGACGUACAAAGGAUUCAACAAACUGCCGUACUGUGAAGCUCACAUCCCUAAAGCCAAAGCUACGACGAUCGCAGAGACGCCGGAGUUCAAGCGAAUCGCUGAAAAUACCAAAAUCCAGUCGAACGUUAAAUAUCAUGCGGACUUUGAAAAGCUGAAAGGAAAAGUGACACAGGUUGCCGAUGAUCCGGAAACGCUACGAAUCAAGCAGAACACGAAAAAUAUCUCCAACGUCGCGUACCAUGGCGAUUUGCAGAAAAAGGCCGCCAUGGAGCGGCAACGGGAGUGCACGGAAAUAAUCGACAGUAAAGUGUCAACGAACAACAAUCGACGAAUCGGUUCCGUCAACGAUAUUGAUCCAGUCAAUGGUUACUACGGUUCGGUAGCAGACAGCUCCCAGGCGGCUUUAUAUCAGCAGCAACAGCAACAACUGUAUCAGCAACAACAGCAUCGGCAAUCGCAACAACAACAGCAACCGCAAUACAUUCAACCACCCCAGCAGUAUGCAGCACCAGCUUCGAAUGCAACGGGCAAAUCGAUUAACAAACGCGUCUACCGGGCCAUAUACGAUUAUGAAGCCCAAGACAGCGACGAGGUCGGUUUCAGUGAGGGCGACCUGAUCAUCGAAGUGAAUUCAAUCGAUGCUGGGUGGAUGACGGGGCGCGUAGAACGCACGGGUUUGACUGGCAUGUUGCCGGCUAACUAUGUCGAGCUGAUGAAGAUAUAAGCCCACUGCAGUUACAACGUCACGAAGAGAAAUGCAUCUGUAAUCCGCAAAUCGAAUGAGUGAUCCAUCGAAAAAGAAAGCAAGCAAACUAGAAUCAAUCACAACCCCUUUGGUUAACCUACCAUCAUCAUGUUAACAUUAUGUUAACUUAGUUUUUUUCUCCCGCAGCGCUUUUGUAACCAUCAUGUUAUAAAUUACAAAUUAUUCAAUGUGAAAUAGAACGUAAUAGCUGCGAUGUUGAACGAUAUCAUGAUGGUUUCUAAAGAUAUGAAUUGAAAUGUAUGCUAACAAUCAUCUGCUUGGAAAGACGAACGCUGAAAUGGUUCCACUUCCGCUGGUGUUGAAUUUUAAUUUAAUUUCUUUUUUGUUAACUUUUUUUAGUUAUCUUUAUUAUUAAUAUUAUUGUAAUGAUUAUUAUUUUUAUCGCUAUUAUCACACUUUACUCUUGGCGUAAUAAUGCGUAGUCGCAAUGAUCCUACGUAGCUGAGUAAAGAAUUUCUCUAAAGGAAAAGCUAGAGAACGUGGUGAAAAAAAGUAAUACAUCAGAUAGUGUAUGGCGUAAAGAAAUAGAGUAACCUACAAGGGAACAAGAUUAAAAGGAUGCUAUCGUCUGAUGGUCCACGGCCACAAAAAAAGAUCUUACGAGUUAAGACCUUGUUGAGGGUGCUUCCACGCCGGAUCGCCACCAAGUACGAACACAAUGUGCUAAUUUUGAACAAUAAACGUAGAUAGUACGUAAAACAUGAUUCGAUCGACAGAUCGAUCGUCCGAUAUCAGAGCACGCCUGGCCGGACACAGGAAGAGUAAAUGUAACGCCUUGAAACAACAAAUACUUGAUCGAAUGAUAACCCCCUGCAGUUGAAGGACAAGAGUGCCCUCGGUGACAGUUUGAAGCAGAAAUAUCGUGUAACUUUUUUGUAUUUAGAGUACCACAUUUUUAUACCUAAUCUAUCAUAAUUGUAGCAGAAGGAAAAGGUAACACAUGCUGAUUGGUGUGCUUUUUUGAGCGAGAAAAUGCUCACCCGUGCUCAGUACCCGAAGAAGUCGCAGUGACUCUAUUCGAUACGAACCGUGCCUAAUAGUAAAUCGUUGUAUUUAAGGCGUUUUCUUUAUCCUCUUUGCUGUGUACAAUGGAAUGCCAAGAAAUGAUAGCGAACAAUAUAGUUGCCUAACGAAGAAAUAGGCAAACAUUCGAUAGAACAAAAACCUGUAUACAAGUAGCGGUGUAAUAAGUAAUAGAACUAUGUUAAACGAAUAAACAGCAGACAUUAAACUAUAAACCACAUAACUAAUUCCACUACUCCAAUGUGAACAUGAUUAGGCAAAAGGUAAACAGUUUCAUUAUCUAAUCAAUUGUUCAGACGAAGAGCUU